UCUGGCAUGUAAGCGCGUUUACUUAGAUGAUCAUCUAGAUACUCUCGAGGUCGCUCCGGAGUGGGCGAGAGAGACUGGCGAGCGCGGCGAGUGACUAGUGAGAGCGAGCAUGCCGUUCGCGUCGUAAGCGAGUGCUGUCGCUGCCGCCGCCGCCGUCGUCGUCGUCGUGGUUCGUCGUCGGAUGGUACCGGUUUGAAGAGCGAGUCGCGCUUCAGGACCAGCUUUUCGCGUUCGAGUAGACUCUCGCUCGGUCUCGUCAGUGUAUCGCGUAACUCUUAGGAAAUCGCUUUUGGCGCUCGGCCCGUUUCGUUCGACAGCGCGCGUUCUCGCGCGGGCAAAAUUUACGUGGAGCGGUAAGGAGGAUCUCGAAGGAGACGCGCUUUUUCCGCCGGUGCACUCCACCGAUUCCGUUCCGGAACAUCCUCUUCUUCCCGCGAGAACCGCUUACUCGUUCGCGCGGCGGCGCAAUCAACUCCUCUCCCUCCGCUCUCCCGUUUUCUUCUCUCGCUCUCUCUCUCUCUCUCUCUUUACCGCGAGAUCCGAGUCCACCCUUUGAUCCCCUGUCUUUCCUCACCAUCCGGUUCUCCCUUCGCCACCCGCACCUUUGUGCGUCUCUCCGUCCCUCGUUCCAUCCUUCCACGUUCUUCCGCCGCCGCCGCCGUAAUAGUGUCCGCGCGCGCGCGCGUUCACCGUUUUUCCGUCGCGCUCCGCUUCGUACUCGCUUCGUCUGCGAGUGUGCUAUCGAGGGAACUCACGCCGCACACGUUGAUAUAACUACCGUAAAGUGGAAAGACGAGACGGAUUAGAAACCUUCGUCGUGUCAAAGUUGACGCAAUUAUGGCGCAUAAGGAGGAACGAUGGUGCUACUUUGAAGGUGCAAACGGACGUCGAAGGUCGACGUGGAUCUCCCUGCUGUUAGUUGUUCUGUGCGCUCUUCUGGCUGGAUCCUUGGCGGUCGCCGAGCACGACGACUCUUACUAUGGUUAUGCCGGGUGGAAUGGCAAGUCGUCGUUCGAUCAUUACAUUUCGAAUAUCAGACUGAUCGACGGUAAGAAUGUAGAGAGAGUACGUCGAGAGGCGCCUGAAAAAUCGGUGAUGACGACUGAGAAAGACAUAUCUAAGCAUCAACCAUCAGCACAGCCGCAACCACAGCAGCAGCAGCAGCAACAGCAACCACAACAGCAACAGGAGCAACCAAAGCAGCAGCAACCGCAGCAGCAACAGCAACCACAGCAACAGCAACAGCCGCAACAAACGCCAGCAACACAACCGACGUCGAACACAACCAACGCAUCCGCCGACGUAACGUAUUCGACAGUUUAUUCGAUCAGCGAAGCCACCACCACCACCUCCACUGUUCGGCCACCUGAUCCUAUUUCCAGCUCCAAGCCGGAUUCAAAGAAGAAGACGUCGCAGACAGUAAAUCCUGCAACCGACACGGCGACACUACACAUAUGGACAAAUCGCACUCUGGCAAAUCGCAAUAUAACCGGCAAGGAGCAGCAGCCAGAAUCAUCAGCGGUGAAGGACACAACAGAAGAUGUCAUGAAAUCCGACGACAGCGAUAUUUCCUUUAACAAAUUCUCCGAUGUGACCAACGCCACGCUUACACAAAACAACAUCACUAAAACGAUGUACGACUCCCAUCAGUAUUACAACAGCACUUUUAUCGUCGACACCGAUAUCUGCAAAAAAUACUGGGUCGACAUGGACAAUCAUCCGGAUCUUAGGGUCAAUCAUCUACUUAGUCAGAGCCAUCGACGCGCCGCGACCGUUAAGCUGAAGUUUGAUUUCCCAUUCUACGGCUAUAAUGUGCGCAAUAUUACUAUCGCUACGGGAGGUUUUCUAUACACCGGCGACUACGUACACAGUUGGCUGGCCGCUACCCAGUACAUUGCACCGCUCAUGGCAAAUUUCGAUACCCGCCUGUCGAACGCCAGCUACGUCAAGUACGCUGACAAUGGUACGGCGUUUACGGUGGAAUGGGAGAAGGUUGUGCUACAGGACAGGCCAAAAGCCGGCGCGUUCACUUUCCAAGUGACCUUGCAUCAAAACGGAGACAUCGUGUUCGUCUACUCGGUGAUACCGGUCCUGGUUGAAAAAAUCGCAGACACAAUGCAUCCCGUCAAAGUGGGCCUCAGUGAUGCCUACAUCAUGGAUCGAACUGUGUUCUUCGUACGCCGGAAAACCAUUUACGAGUACCACCGUGUCAACUUCAAUCGGCAGGAUAUAAUGAACUGCACGGUCAUUUACCUGAAAGCAUUGCCUACAUGCCUCAAUUCCGACAACUGCGUGGAUUGCCUGACAAAGGUGCCAGACUUCGAUUGUAAGUGGUGUUCGGAGCUGAACAAAUGCAGCACCGGCACGUCCCGACAGCGACAGGAGUGGUUAUCAAAGGGUUGCGACGUCCAUAACAUCAAGGAGGUAAACAAUUGUCCAGCGCAAAUUACAACCUACAAAGGUGACCAAUAUGACCACGAUGGUCAUGUGCAUCCAGAGGAGCCGAUCACCACCAAUGAAAUGGGCAUAGAAAAACACUCAACAUGGUCUGGCAAUACUUUGGAAAGUCCUAAUUCGAACAAGGUGAAUAUGGGCGUUUCAGGGAUAAUCGGCAUUCUCACAGUUAUCACUUUAGUGGUAGGUCUCGCGGGUUGGGGUGUAUAUGCUUAUCGUAACCCUCACAGCGCAUCGGGACAAAUGCUAAUAAGGUAUCGUCCGAGCCAAUGGAGCUGGCGAAGAGGCGAAGCCCGUUAUACAGCCGCGACUAUUCACAUGUGAUGAAGUGUCGAUGGAAAUCCAGUCACAGUCAAUGCGAAACUGUCGAGUAAAUUUCCUAUUAAUUGUAGUCGAACAUGUCGAGUAAAUCUGCCAAAUGCGAUGCAGAAUGUCUACUCACGAUGACCCAUUGCUCGUCAGGUUUGCACUCAAUCGCGUCAAUACGAAAAAUCGCUUUUCUCAUGCAACGAAUUCCACGGAAUCGAUUAACAAGCGACCAUAUAUUGAGAGAACAUAUCGCGAUAUUUAAACGAUUUUAUAAACUCUCUCGUAUAUAUAAAUAUUUUAAUGAUA